UGCUCGUCUGUAUUCAUUUUGUUCAUGCUGAACGAAUUUUUUGCAUACUACAGGCCUUGACGCUGGGAAUAAGAUUGGAAUUUUUUAAGGACUUUGAUAGAGCUCGACAUCGUACACUGCUGGCUACACAAACACUCCAUGUGGUUUAGAACUUGGGAGCAUAUUGGACAGAAAAACAUCUGGGCCAUUGAACAAUAAUACUUGAAGUCACUGGAACAAUAUCGGACCCCAAGGCCAUCCAUACCUUCGAUUUCGGUUAUCCAGAACCAAUGCAAAAUGACCGCUGUGUGGACGGCUAUGAGUUUGCAGCGACGGGAUGGAGGUUCAAGCAGUUUAUCCAGGAGCUUGGGUUCUCUCAUAUCACCACGGCUUGGAGAGGACCAUUCCACUGUCCUUUUGUAUUCCAACAUGUCACCGAAUUUCGUCCCAUCUAGUGAACAGCGCUCACAUUGGUCGGCGGACGAACACCUUGGGCUGUCUGCUGGCUCAGCUAGAGGAUUAUCGACAUUCGAACCAAAACUUCAAAAAAUAACAACGGACUCUGCCUCAUCAAUUAUGUACCUGGGUAAACGCAUCAUUCGGGAAUAUCAGUGUACUUUCGUGUUACCUGAUGAACAGCAGAUUGGCGCCACGCGAAUAGAGACAUUCAUGCCUGAAGACGGUAAUUCAUGCUUCACCCUUAGCUUGUCCGUCGCCGCUCCUCCAGAACAAAGUAUGGAAUCUAGAUCAAAGCGUCCUAUUCGACAACGCAUCGAAGAGUUUUUGAGUACUGCUGAUUGGAAAUCUGCUAUGCUAGCAUCGUCUGAAUCCAAAGAUGCAGAGUUACUGGGCCGUUUAAGUUCGAAGUACUCUAAUUCUGUAAGUCGACGCUCACGGUUUGAACGUUCCGAGAGUCAGAAGCGUCGACACGAAAUGGUUCGUGCCCGAGAGGUAUUUUCUGAUGAGGAAGAUGGAGUGCAAUUUUCUUCCGACGAAGAGCCCGCCCUCAAGUCAGGCCCCUUUCCGACAGGUUCGUCCGACGGACCCCAUGUCCUUAGUCCACCUCGCACAAUAUCGCCAGAUCCUCUCGUAACAGAACGAAUCACAGUAUCUCACGGGCCACUGCGCCGUCCAGCCUCUAGUGCACCGCCCAUUAUUGCGCAUGCUGAACCUCCAGGUCGACGACAAGCACCAAUCAGCGAUGCGAAAUCGAGACAGAAAUUUGAAGAGUUGCGUCGCACAUGGGAUGAACGAGUAGCGAGAGAACAGUCUUUCAUUGAUGAACAGUCAUUCUCUCCAGCAUUGUCUGCACAUUCUCGUGCCACACAAUAUAUUGAAGGACAUCGUGGAGCUGCUGUCACUUCGAUCCUACCUACCAUUCCUGGAAGGAAACGCGCCCCGGAAUUGUCUCAUGAAGGGAUGCCACAUACCUCUUCCUCAGUUCCCACUCAGGGCAGCGGGACAGUCCAUCCCGUCAAGAGAUUUCUAUCCGGCGAAGGCACUUACUUGCCGGAAACAUACAAAUCUCCCAGUCUUCCAGAAUCCUCUGAGCUUGUUUCACCUCGCUUUGUCACAUCCCCAGCCCUUUCGGAACCAUCUACGGAACGCGGUGAGAAGGAGACAAGAUUUGGUUACAAUGAGACUAGUGUGAAAAUGAAUCAAGCAAACGUUGGACGUUUGGAACCCCGAUUACCAGCACGGGUUCGGUAUAAGUUGACUGAAACGACACAAACUCAUCAAAGUAUUCUCGAACAUUUAUCCCCACAAGAUGAACCACAUCACACAUCAAUUUCCGUACACGUAGACUCACCGGUUCGCACCUAUGUAGAUUCAAAAUUCAAACAAAAUUAUAUUUACCGUACAACCUUAGCUAGAUUACCAGUUGCGUUGAAGCAUCUCCGUUCAAGAUCACACAGUGCUCAUGCUUUGCAGACAAUGUUUUCUCAGACGACAAAUGACAACGAAACAGUCCUGAAAGAGUACAAACUCUCAAGAGAAGUAACAAUACCUCUUGCAAGUCAUAGCGCUCAGCUCGGUGCUGAAACGCAUCCAAGAGUAUCCAAGAAAUCAUUUCAAUUAUCACCGAGUAAUCAGUCCAUCAGAAUACCCAUAAGUCAUUUUUGGAAAGAUGAGGACAGUUCGACCCAAGACGAAGGAUUUACAGUUCACAUUUCCGAUAAAUCGUCCUCGCUACAACGCGAGAGGCUUUAUGACCAGAGGCAAUUUCCUGGCUCGCCACCACCUUUGCCAACCUGGUUUACUUCGUUACUCAUCCCAAGGUCAUAUCACUCUUUUCCGAGAACACGCAACGCACUUGUUACUUAUCCUAAACCGGGUGACUUGGAGGUAAAGCCUUAUUUCAAGGACUUGGGUAGACUGCGUCUUCUGAAAGACGAUGGAAGAUUUCAUCCGUCACCUGCUGACCAUCGACAAACCAAAAGCCAAUCAGACACUGAUUACGCGGACUUUCCAUCCGCGGACGACAGGAGUCCAUGGUUUCCGGAUCAAUUGACUGUCGGAGGUACGACUAGACAAGACCAGCAUGCAGUUCCUGAAUUCCCGGUCGGCUAUAAAGGCUAUCAGACCUCAGCUCGAGAACUCUGGCGCCAGAGAGAUGCUGAAAUGCAUCCGGAGGUUGAGGGUAAGGAAAGUUUUCAGAGGCGAACCACAAGGACUCAUUCCACGCCUCCGUAUUCAGACAUCGAACAGGCUAAAGUCCACCCUCCGGACAGACCGAAAUCAGGAGACGGAUUAAUUGAGGGGACCUACGUUAGGCAUCGAGUAAAAUAUAGUAACCAGGACAAUGUUAGGUCACGUUAUCCUCGUGAACCCCACAUUGACAAACUCAAAACGACGGAUUUCGACGCCAGUCAGCAGGGCAUUGGCUCUAAUUGGACUUCUCUAUCAGCAUUCAGUGUGGUAGAAAGGUUGGAGGCUGGAUCCGUUACUUAUGGACAAACAUCGAAGAGUACCCCGAGUGCUGUUGUCAAGCUCGCUGAUCGUAAGACGUUCGACCAGCUACAGUCAAAAACAGUUGAACCUCGCCGAGAACUUUCUCCAGCACAUUCUAGAAAGCAUGGCAUUGUUAGACAGCCUAAUGUUGAUGAGAAUGAAGCUUCAAACUCUGCAGAUAAAUUUUUCGCACCUGUGCCUUAUCGGAGCCGGGUUCCUGAGGCAAGAAAACAAGGCGCUGAUUCACUCAGGAACGCGGAGAUGGACAGAAAAGUGCACACCAGUUAUCCGGAACGAACAAGCUCGCGUCCGGUAAAACGAUCUACUAGUGAAAAGGCUUCACCUGCAGUCGAUUCUGCCCAACUUAAAAGAGAUCGGAUCAGAAGACGGAAGUCUGACUUAGACAAGCACAUAGAUGAACAAUUCGACGAAGCCUACAGGGAAGAACUCAUUCGUAAAGAAAGUUUAAGCGCAGCAGGCUCAGGCAGUCGAGAACAAGCAAGCAUGUCGGACUUAAGCGAACUGGCGUCUCAAGAGGCAGAAAGAAAUUCGAAGCUUGCAAGGGGCAGUUUGAGGUCACGAUCGUAUACAUCUGAAAGCGGAGCUAGGGAUGUCUCAAAACAUGAAAAACGUGAGACCAAGGGUGCGGAGCCUGUUUCACCAGGUGAAUAUCAACCGCAGUUUAUAACAGGCAGAAAACGCUGGCCACCACCACCAGUGAGCAAGGGAUCUACAGCAAAGUCAACCGGCCAGACAGUGCAUCCUGAAACCAAGCUUGUAAAUCGUGAUGAUGCAUUAAGGUUCUAUGCCGCUGAACCAUACAAAACUGACCGUGAACAGAGUGGUAUAGAAAAUGAAAUCCCACGUGAAACACACACGGUGCCACCUGAAAAAGCAGAACAUGCUGACCAAGGCAGAAAUAAACGACGAAAGGCAAAUAAAAAUGAAUCCGGCUCAGACUACAGAGAACUUGAUAACGCUGGAUACCGACAGGGUUUAGAACCGUCUCAGGAUGACCGGGAUAAAUUUCGUACGAGUGCUGAGCACCCGAGUACUGAGGAUGGAGAGGUACGUCUUAAUUUGUCUCCUGUGCGACGCGAUCACCCACAAAAAGGUCUGAUGGUUGAUGAGGAUAAAAGAACUACACCUCACAAAGAAGGUCACAAACAAGGACAGCCAAAAAAGGAUGAACCAUUUUCUCCCUCCGGUGUUGUUUCACGUGGUGACCACAUACACGCUGGUGUCCCGCAGGAAAAGACCCGAGGUGAUCAAAGACCUCUCACACACGGGGGCAAAGUGCGUGAUGACCGGGAUAUAGAACCGGGUCGUCACGAACAGCCACGGGGUGAGGACAGGGUGGAACGUCCCAAGUCACACACACAUUACGGUCAUUCGCGUGAGUGGAGAGAUUUUGAUCGAUAUAGAACCUCAGAGAUUCAUGAUAAACACAAUCAAAAAGGUCGUCCAGGAGGGGCCGAAACUGAUUUUUUAUUUUCUGAUAAUCAUACAAGUUCGCAUGGGGAUAAGACCAGACGUAAAUCACAUGACGAACUGCAAUCAAGGCAAGAAAAGUUUAGUACUGAUGAGCAGAAACUUCUCAAAGCAGAUUUCGCGGUGAAACGUGAUGAUCGGGAAAAAGUCUCUAAGAUUCCAAAACAUCGUGGAACUGAGGAUGCAGCAGAACGUGUUAAGUCUCCGUCUACACAACACAGUCUGCUACAUGAGCAACGAAUGGCUGGUCGGUCUGGAAUAUCUGAAGAUGAACGUAAACAAAGGAAAGAAACGGAACAAAAGAUUGGUGUUCCUCCCACGAACGCUGUACGUGAAAAGCACGGGCGGUUAGAUUCUUCUAAAGAGAAACGCAUAGAGGGUACAACCUUACCAGCAGAGAAGCUCAAAUUGCAGAGUAAUUUGCCCCAUGGUCAUAGUGAGGAUCGAAGUGGUGUGAAGCAACGUCUCUCGCCGGGUUUCGAAAGACCACGCGGCGAUCAUGCUGGAGUUCACAGGAUUCAUGCCUAUCAAGGAUCUGAGGACGCAGCAGACUAUGAAAGCGUUCCGGCCAGGAGAAGCAGUCGUCCACAUGACCAGCAAAUAGCCGAUUGGGAUAGAACGUCCAAAACUUAUGAAGACGAUGAACGAAAAAAAGGAAGUCAGAGAAGGAAGGAACUUGGCUUUCCAACUAAUGCGUCUUCACGCGAGAAACUCAGUCGCCCAAAGUCGGUUGAAAUGAGGGCCAAAUACGAUCAACAGGUACCUACUGACGGACGAAAGCCAUAUGAUAAGUCUGAAUUUAGCCGUGGACAGGUUUAUACCAAAGGGGAGAAGAGCUACGUACCAGCUAUCGGCUUGCUACACGAUGAGAAGGAUAGAGUUCAUGACGGUUAUGGCCAACUAGAUACUGAGGCUGUGAAAGGGCGUAGGAAAUCACAUCCUACUCUAGCUGACCGUCCUUACGUGCGAAAAGUGGACGGAGAUCACGACACUAACGAUCUCAGGAGGCACGAGGAAGAUGAACUGGCUCUCCCUGCGGCUGAGGCCGCACGCAAUAAACGUGAAAGAAUAUACUCACCCCAUAAGACAGCUUUGGAACAACCAAUGAAAGAUAAUCAAAAACUGGGUCACUCUAAUUAUGCUUUAAAAACUGAAGUCUUAUCUCCCGUGGAACCAUCGAGCCGGGAUCGCAGUCGUUCGCUCUUAUCUCCACGUCCCCCCUUGAUGUCUCGACCCAACAGAACAGACAUCGUGAGACCUUUAAGUUUACCCACGGCUGGCUCAGAAUCAUUUAUAUCCUCUCCAGUUCAAUUGCAUUCAAGACAAAUUAUGGGUGACAAACCCUCAGAAGACCGCCUGGUAUGCAUGCUUGAACAAACAGAAUCUGAAGUAAAAGACAGUCUUAGGGGUGAACAGGCAGGAGAUAAAUCAAUGGGCGGAGAAGGUAAUGAAGUUGUCCUUUCCGCCAGAUCAACUGUAGCCCCCACAUACUAUGUAGAGGAAGGAGCGGAACCAAACAGAGAAGGUGUAAGGAAAUCCAGGUAUUUGGGGAAGGAAUCGGAUGAUCUGAAUUCCGAGCACGCACCAGAUGAAGCUCAAAAGUUGGGAGAAAAAUCACCUCCUCUGCUGCCCCUAACAGGUUCGGAUUUAUUCCGAAGGCGCAUCGGAAUGGAACUUGGCCAGAAGCACCAAGAAGCAACUGAAGGCCGCUCCAAACACACAAGCUACGACCCCAUGGCCUCCGAAACAGGUGAUACAAACGAGUCCUUUCCUCCGACCGGCCGAUCGACAACAGAUCCAUCCAAACGGAAAGCACAGGAGUUGCAUGACAAUAAACCACUGAAAUCAAGUGAUCUACACCAAAAACGAUCGUCGAAACAAGUGCCAGGUGAAACCGAUGACAGUACCCGACGGCAACCUUUGUCUUCUGCGUUGGUGGGAGAUUCAACACGACCACUCGGCGAAAGAGAUCCACGGCGAGGAGGUGAUGAUCUUGGAAGUCGUGAUCAAGCUAGAAGGCAAAAGAAAGAGCGAACAGAAAACGGAUAUGCAGGUGAACGACUAACACCUCCCGAUUUCGAGGAACGGAAAGUGGCUUCAUUCCCCACAAGAAAGCGUCAUCCCCCUCCUCCAACCUCCCCGACUUUUCAACCUCCAACAGGUUCUGUCAGAACCUCGGAUACGCCUGGGACAAGACAAGGACAACGUCCCACUGGGCCACCGCAUGAGAAGUAUGAGCGUACAUCACCUAUCCAAAAUGGUCGUGAUCAUCCAGGAGCCUCGAAACGUCGUGAGAUGACUGCCUCCGGACAAUCAGAUGAUCAACAGCUAAUUGAUGACAGAGGGAAACGCGGGACGAAACUGACCGAUCGCACUGAAGCUCAGACUGAUCGUGGAUUACCAGAUUCUGGUAGUGGAAGAAAACAAGGGGAAGCAUUUCCCAUACCUUCCGAGGAUAUCGUGGGUGGCUUCUUCGGUCCAACAGACGGAAGUAGAAGGGAACGGGAUGUAGCUUCGAAAAAAACACGGGAAACGGAUGAGCAACGUUCUGGACGUGGAAGCAAACGGGAACCGAAAACACGACAUCCUCCUCCACCCGAAGCAUCCGGUCGCCGUCGCGAAUCCAAGGCGAAUGGAUAUGCUGGAAAAGAUAAGCUAUCUUCACACCGUCGCGCUGAACAGAAGUUCAUAGACGAAGAUGCGGAUUAUGUAAAUGUCCCGGGAUCGACAGCCCCUGGGGCCAGACCACGGGAGCAAAAAUCCAAGCACAAAACACACGAAAGCAGUGAGCAUUCGAACGAACAAAGCUCUUAUGACCCUCGUGUGACUGAUGGGAUGCAAGAUCUUCCGCAAUCGACGGUUGUAAUGAGGCGUAAGGAGAAAGCGGGUGAAAAGUCUCAGUCACGUCCAACCGUCAGUCCACGUAAAACAGGGAUAUCAAUGGCCCAAAAAACACCAACUGCACGUCCGCCACCUCCUCAGGGUUAUCGCACAACGCAAGACGAUUUCGACGAAGACGAUGAUGAGGACCUUGAGGAUUCGGAGGAAGAGUUGAAACCACCUGCAUUACGAAGUAUUCCUCAAACUAAGAAGUCCUCCGAUUCACUGGUACGCGGAAGUCAACCAGAAGCAACACGCGGCGCGCAACUGAGGCGAUCCUCGCGCCCGUCUCCCCACGACAGGGUAUUCAGUCCUUCAUCUACGUCUCCAAGACCAUAUAUACAUGGAGGGACUUGGGAUCGAGGUUCUCGGGGUGUGCCUCAUGGAAGCUACAGGCCAGAGCAAUUUCAUCCACAGCAGUACGAGUACGAACGUGCCUCGCGCCCCCGUUCGAAGAGGGACACAGCGACAAGUGAUCGACAAGGCCUUGCUGGUUCGAAACACAGUAUGAUCAUCAGUACCAAAAGGCGUACACUAAGUGGUGUGACUGGCAUGAAUCCUAACCGUGUCCGCUCGAGCUCCAUGAACGCUAUCUGGUUCGGUGAUCAUCCGGUCCCAACUUCGUCUGGCGCAGUAUCCCCGACAGCCCCGCUUCGGCUAUCGACGAUUCAGCUGCAAGCCCAAGCCGAACUAGAGCGGCGUCAUCGUUCGUCUUCAAGAACACAUAGUUUAGAUAGGCGUUCUACGUACAGUGUGGGUGGCACAGAGAGUCGGCUAUCCAGAGGAGAAGUCGAAGGAUACGAAGGCAUCGGUUACGGAUAUGACACACGUGGUCGGCUGAUACACGGCGGCGCUAAUUUACACGAACGUGCUGCAAGCCGUAGACGGCGUCUCCGUGAUGGACAUGAAAGCUUAUCUCGAGUAUGGAUACCACGGAGUGAUGGUGGAUCGCCCACUCGGCAUACGAACGAACCUCUGCCAAGCGAAGCAUCACGGCUGAACCACCACAAAUCAAAUUUGGACGAAUCGGCGGUUGCCUUUGCUUUACGUGAUUUCACUUCUCCUGGCGUUCGGUGAGCGUGCAUUGCCGUCUUUAUGCUAUGUAUUAUUGUCCCUAGUCAAAUAAUCCCGGAGGUUAGCCUAAUUGAGACACCGUGCCGUUUGUUGCUUCGGACAACCAAAGUCGUUUUAUCUCGACCCUUAUCGAUUAACUCCACAUUUCAACCAAGUUUGGUCGUGUCCGUGUUCAAUCAAAUUGACCCAACAUCUUAUGAACUACGACGCACACGCAACCUAAAUUACGCCCACAUUUUCCUAUCGGUUUUCUCUUCUAUUCUAGUCUUUACUUUGUUUUUUUUCUUGGUUUGCUUCCCUUUCCAACUCCAGGGAUGUUUUAUGAGGGACUCGGAAUGAGAUACACUCAACUUGCUGUCCACCUACUUCGCUCGGCUAUUUAUAAGACACAGCUGACUUUCACUUACACCUGUUGAUCACUAUUUUGUUAUAGCCUAUUGAUUAUCUCUACAACAUUUCCCUUCUUUUCUUUAUAUCUGAUUGUCAUGAUGUGACGGAAUUGUUUGCUUUGUUUGUGGUGGGAACACAUCCUUCAGCCUUUCCCCGCACGGAGAAACUUUUGCAUUCUUGAUUUGCAUUCUUGAUUUUCUAUAAACAAUGGCCCCUGUUGUUGUCGUUCUCCAUGACAUACACCUGAAUUGGGUGUGUCAUUCAACUGUGAAUUCGGUCGGAAUGUGUUGAGAACUUAUGUGCGACGGAUUUCGAUCAACGUAUAUUGGUUUAUGUUGCCUGGAAUUAGCUGAAGCAAACCUGGCCAUUCGAAGAAGAACACUGGGAUAAUGGGAAUGAUCGAAAGUGUGGGAACAGCAACGACAACAAUAACAGGCGUCAACACGUUGAAGUCGGUUGUAGGUUUUGGGACUGAAUACAGACAGAGAAAGCUUCAGUCUGGUCCCUACUGCCAGUGAACAGAAGUACACGCUACGUUUCGCAAAACGCUUAAGUGACUUUUCUGCCACCCGUUAGC